CUCUAAUCCAAGCUUCAUAAAUAAACAAAAUUUCUAUAUUAUUUUUUCUUUUUCUUUUUUCAUGUCUGUUUUGGAUUUUUCUAUGAUAAGCCUCAUGAAAGUUGCCUGCUUUCAUUACCUGAUGAUCAUCAAUUUCUCUUCACAAAGGUAAAAAAAAUAACAAACUUUCUUGGAGAAAAAAAAAUACAAUCUUUUUCUUUAUUUCUCAAAAAAUUGACAUGGAAAACAAUUAUGGAGCUGUGAGAAGAGGUGGUGAUCCAAUCGAGCUACCGCCCGGUUUUCGAUUCCACCCGACCGACGAAGAGCUCAUCACUCAUUACUUGUCGAAGAAAGUUUUGGAUUCCGAUUUUGCCCCUAUAGCCAUUGGAGAUGUUGAUAUGAACAAAGUUGAGCCUUGGGAAUUACCAUGGAGAGCAAAAUUGGGGGAAAAAGAGUGGUACUUUUUCUGUGUUAGGGAUAAGAAAUACCCAACAGGAUUGAGGACAAAUAGAGCAACAGCAAGUGGCUACUGGAAAGCCACUGGGAAGGACAAGGAGAUUUUUAGAGGAAAAAAAUUGGUGGGCAUGAAAAAAACACUGGUUUUCUACAUGGGAAGGGCCCCAAAGGGUGAAAAAUCCAAUUGGGUAUGCCAUGAAUACAGAUUGGAAGGAAAAUUGUCACUUGAAAAUCAUCCAAGAUCAACCAAGAAUGAUUGGGUAAUCAGUAGAGUAUUUCAAAAAACAUCCGGGGGCAAAAAGGUCCAUAUAUCAGAGCUGAUGAGGCCGAGCCCGGCCCGAGAUAAGCUGCCACAGCUGACUGACAUGAAGCCUAAGCCCGACACUGGGCACGGGCCCGGCCCGACCCAUGCCCACGUGCACUGCUUCUCCAACGACGAUCUAACCUCGACUUUUUACCCGUCCUCAGCAGCCUCUCCUUUUCCAUUGCUGCAGUUCCCUGCAGUUCAACCUGGAAUCGGGCCCCGGGGCCCGGGCCCGAUCCAGGACCCGACUGUACUGACGAGCUUUGUAGCGGGUUUUGACCCGAAUAUGAAUUCGGGCCUGGAGAAAAUGAGGGAGUUGAUGAGUGUGUCGCAAGAAACGGCCAUGAGUGUGGAGACUUCAUCGGUUGUUUCGAAUCUUGAGAUGGGAAGAAAGGCAUUUGAGGAACAACAACAGGAUUUGGAGUGCAUUUGGCAUUAUUGAAUGUGUGUUGUUGAAGAUGUGUUUGCUUUUGUCAAUUGUCAGAAAAUACAAAGAAGAAAUAAGUGAUUUUGGAAAAUUUGAGAAGAAAAAUUUUAAUAUAAACUUAUAGAGGCAUAUUUUUACAUUCAUUAGAAUUGGUGUGCCACAAAGGCAACAAGUUUGUUUUGUGUGCGUAUGGAGUAUUAUUAACGACUUAAUGGUAUGUAAUAUUGGUGUAAGUGUAACUCUUGUUGUGGGUGCUAAUAAUAUAGAGAGAUAAUUCUAUGGAACCAGUGAAUGUACGGAUUCAUUUAUAAAGUCAUCCAUUUGAUGUAUUGCAGUUGACACGUUUAUCAAGUAUAUAUAUUUAUUUUAG